AUGGAGCUGAGGGACAGCAGCUUGGCCCCCAAAUGUUCUUCCGAAGGCAUCCCCGGGCACCAGGCAGCAGCCCCGUCCCUAGGAAGCCAAUCCCCGGACCGCCCGAGCCAGCCGCUGGCGAAGCUGCCAGCCAUCGCCGGACAAGCGCCGCGCCCGGCCGGACUCCCAGGAGGCGGCAAAGCCCCCGUGGGCAGCAGAGGAGAGCCGCUCCCCAGGGGCGCGGGGGAAGGGGGCUGCGCUCAUUGGCCCGGGGGGGUGGGCAGCCACUGCACCUCUGCGCCCCGCCAGGCGCGGAAACGCCGCCUGCCAACCCCAGCACCCGUGGCCGGGCAGGGAGCGCGGGGAGACCGCUCGCUCGCUCGCCCAAGCCCGGCGCGGGGUGGGGUGGGCUGGGGUGGGGGGCGCCGCUCUCCCCUCCCCGCUCAGGGCGGAGGCAGCCUGGCGCCAGAAGCCCCCCUGCUCGCAGGUGCCACCCGCCCCCGGGCCUGCCUUGGGCACCCACGCGGGGCUGGCUGCAGCCUUGCGGCGGACCGACGCCCGGCCCACGCGCCGCCGGAGCGGUCCCCCCCCCCCCGGGACGCAUCUGGCGCCGCGGAGUUGCCCCUCUUUCCCCAGCUGCGCCUCUUUCCCCAGCCCAGCUCGCCCAACUCUGCCCGGGGGCUGCUGCUGCUGGCGUUUGGAGGCGGGGGCAGGACGGGCCCUCCGGAGGGGGCAACCCCAGGCCCGGCCUCCCGCGCGCAGGCUUCCCCGUGGGGGCCGGCGCCCCACCCCGGCCCACCCCAGGUGGCUGCGCCCCGGCUGCCGAGAGACCCCGCUGGUUUGGUGCCCGGGCCAGAGCGGCAAAGGACGCUUCCCAGCGUCGGGGUGCGCGUAGAAAGGCGAACGCAGCAGGAUCCAGCCCCAGCAGCCCCGCCGCCUUUUUGGGAGCAGGAGCAAGGUGAACAGCAGAAAUGA